ACUCUCUCGCCACAACAACAUCAAAUAGCAUCAACUCCGCACAUUUUGUCAUUCCCCAGCUACUCUGUGGCUUUCAUCACAUCUGCUUUUUCCAUCAACAUCCCCUGCCCUGCAAAAUCUUCCUGACACCCGUCUCACCUACAUGACGCUUCCAGAGGUCAUUCAGCAUGGAUGAUCAGCCCCAAGCAGCUGAUUCACCUACUCCCAGUCCUGUUAGAGGAAGAGGUUUCGGCAGAGGCAAGAUCCUUGCUGCUCGAGGCUUGAGCAAAAGAAUGGCUCGCAAGCCCGCUCCCAAACGCGGUGGGCGCGGCAAAGGCCGCGGUCGUCAUAAGACUUAUGAUGAUCUGCGUGUCCAGGCCGCAUACGAGCGUCAGAAGGAGCUGCGAGACCUCUACUCAGAAGUCACCUCCGCUGCAAAGCCAGCUCUGGAAAAGCUCGCGGAAUACAGUAUUAACCAAAUGAUUGAGGAUCCUACUCAUCACGAGGAGGUUGCCGAAUUCAAAGAGGUUCAGCAACAAUUGGACGAAAGACUCCAGCGUACCAUCAACGACGCAAACUCAGUCCUCUCCAAAGAAAUUGCCAUAACGGAGAAUCAGCGCCACCUAGACCUCUCUUUCACCGAGAAUUCAUACCACGACGGGUUCAAUUACGUGACAGAAGACUUCUACGCUGGGGCUCUCAACCGCACCAGCAUCCUUGCCGAACUCCGCCGUGAAUGUGUAGGUGUCGAUAUACCCGAUUGUAGGUAUUGGUAUGUCGAGCAGCCUGAUGAAGUCGCCACGAGCCAGGGUCCCCACGUUGUGUUUCGUAACGGCGUGGAAGUGCCUGAACCGAGCCGCCUUCCGGACUAUAAGACUUCCAACAUCCGAACCCAGGUCCGAAAGCCCAGAACUGGUCCCAAACGUAAGACAGACGAUCUACCAGAUGGUCAGCUGGAUUCCAAGAAGCAUACAGCCGCUGGCUCUGCACUUGGACAAGGCAGUAGACUCGGUCUUGCCCGUGAUGAUGUUGACAUUAAGGGUGACGGCGCAUUAACUCCUCGGCCUCGUCACAUCGGCGGUCUUCUCUCCGCGGAGACCGAGCUUGACGCUGAACGCGAGUCGAAUGCUCCGUCGCCUUCGCCCGCCGAGGAGGACCAGUCACCGGAAUCCGACCAGAAGCGCGAGUCCGUCUCCAAGAAGGACUUGCCCGACCUACCUGCUGGAGCUUCGGAGCCUGACGCGCAUGGUGUAAGAACCGUCUCCAAGCGUGGUCCCAAGGCCAACAACCGCAUCAUUGUCCCGCCCCAGUUUGAGUUCGACGAUGAGGAUAUCGGGUUCCGCGAUUCAACCAAUGAUUCGAGUAGGAAGGCGACGAAAACAACAAGAGGGAAGUUGCUCAACAAGCCAAAUUCACGCAGCUGGCAUCUCGAUGCCACCAUUGCCUACUAUAAUGUCUUCGAUUAUGAAGAGGGCGACCUUGAUCCGGAUAUCGUCAAGAAGCACAACCUUCAUCCGCAGUACGGAUUCUUCCUUCCGGAUUCCGUCAACGAGUCUGAAACUGCCAAGGACCUUGUCGACGGUACGAGGCCUAUCGUCGUUGUCACGCCAAACGGUAGCACUCUUAUGGCAUCUCGCUCAGUCAGAGCUAAGGUAAUGGACGAAGCUCUCGAGUGCGAUUCCAAGAAGGAGCAGCUGGCCUGUAUCCUCGAGCAAUUCACAGACAUGACACAUAUUUCUGUCGACGAAAUCACCACAGAGGAAAUGCGCGAUAGGGAACGCGCUAUUGAGAAACUUGCUACCGAGCCAUUGGAGGAAGAGCCUUCGGCAGUAUACACACCCUCAACAGAGGGUUCCGACUGGAAGGCCGCCUUGAUCGCACCUGCUAACAUCAGUUCCCGUGAGGACGAGAUUAUUGCGGCGGAUAACAUGUCCAGUAUACUCAAGGCCGCUGCGGCUAUCGACGCCGAGCCGGUAGAAGCAGCCGUAGCAGAUCGCCCGCAGCCGCCUGUCUCUAGCCAACGGGCGUCGCGGCCCUACGACGCUGUGCGGGAUGUCUUUGCCUCGCAUCCUUCCCCCACGCCUAGCUCUUCGACCCCAGCGCCUCCCCACGUCGUCGACACCAUAGGGCUUUCUGUACUCGCUGACGUAUCCGAAACACACGAUUUAUUUCGGAGCCAUGUCGGAAGCCAGAUUGAGAGCAGCUACACAGAACCGGCGUCGAUGAUAGACCCACGACUACUGGGUGGUGCUCAACAAGGACCUGCUGCUGCCGCGCCGUCUAACAACGCCUUCUUACAGACAGCACUCAACCACCCCGGUCAGGCCUCCUUUGCACACAUUGCGCCGGCACCUCCCGCCAAUGCCGAUACCCGCCCCCAAACACCAGGAGCCCGUGUUCCAUUCACAGUACAGGGCAAUUCCAAGGAUAAUCAACUGCUGCCGCCCUUGCGGCCUUCGUCUGGAAGGCGAGAUAAGGCCCCUUCGAUGGAGGUAUCGCAAGGUCCGCCUGGACCACCACCACAACAUGCACAGCAACAGCCUCCUCCUGCCCCGCCCGCUUCUGUUCCACCUCAGGAAUUUGGUUCACCUCGAGGCAUGCUGCAGACGAACACAGGCAGUUUCUAUCCUCCUGCUCCGCACCGUCCCUUUCACCAGAGCUACUCCGUCCAUGAACAAGGCCCUAUGAUGCCGAUGUCGAUGCAACAGGGGUCCCAAAUACCACAGGUUCCUCACAUGCAACCGCUUCCCUCAAUGCAACAAGGUCCUCCAGUGCAACAGGGACCUCCUAUGUCUGGCCCAGGUCCAGUCAUGAUGCAUAACCCGCCUACCCCGUCUCUGACUCCUUAUCCAGCACUCUCACCCCCGAUGCAAACUCAACCACAGCUGGCACCAAUGCCUCCACAGAUGGGUCCGUCGCCUCCGCUUCCUUCUCAGGGGCCUCCAUCUGUAGCACUAUCACCUCCUGCCCACACCCCUCGACACAGAGCUUCGAUUCCGUCCAACGGUCAGAACUCGGGUAAAUACCGCAAGAUUGCCGCGGCGCCGAUUCCUCACAACCGACCAUGGCCAUCCAACGGAGGGUCAGAACUGCGCCUCUCAAACUAUGAUCCCAAGGGAGCUAUCAAGGACUAUGUGGCGAGUGAGCCUGCUCCGCGUAGUGGCCCUACCACGAUCAGGGGUUGGUCAGUCAACAACGUAAACAAGGGUCGGAAUAGGGCCAAGAAGGAGGGCUCGGCUGAGGAGACAGAAUCCCCCAAGUAGGCUCACGUUCCUGGACAUGGACCAAAUGAUAGGCCCAAAUCAGUUUCAACCUUGGGCAACUCUGUUUUCACAUGUCGUGAUUCAGCCCCUAAUAAGAAUUGAGUAGUCAAAUUCAGAUCGACCCAAAUACCUAUAAUUGCCCCUUCCUCAGCAAUUUUACCCAGCGUUUCUUACACAUUUGGCAUCAUCCUGUUGCCUCUUUGAGACACUGGUAUGUGCUGGACUUCACUCAGCUCAAAAAAAGGCAUUGCAUGGAUGGAUGGAGGAGGGCGUCGGAGGUUCAUUUGCCAUAUUAUUUGAUUUUAGUUUGUUUGAAUAAAGUGGCAUCACACAGCGAACCGGCACUUGGAUGGAUGAGAGUUUUCUCAACAUCAAUUAGAUAGAUGCAGUCUUAUACUGCCACAGAACUUUUGAUUUAAUACACACACACACAUACACAC